AUGGAUGCAACGAACAAAACCAUUGAAGGCGAAACCUGCCACUUUGAAAAGGCAGUCACUGAGUCUGGAACAGCUGAGAUCGAUCAUUUGCAGGAGCAGAAACUGCUGCGAAAGAUCGACCUCCAUCUUAUUCCAAUCCUUAGCCUGCUCUUGCUCUGUGCUUUUGUCGACCGUAUCAAUAUUGGAAAUGCUCGAAUCCAAGGUCUUGAAACCGAUCUCAACAUGUCUGGAAAUGAUUAUAACAUUGUCGUCUUUACUUUCUUCAUCAACUAUAUCCUGUUCGAGGUGCCAUGCAACAUAAUCCUCAAAAAGACCAAGCCAUCAGCAUUUCUGAGUCUUAUCAUUGGAGCCUGUGGCAUCAUUACCAUUGGACAAGGCGUUACAAAGUCCUUAGGUGGCUUAAUCGCUUGCCGUGUACUAAUCGGGCUAUUUGAAGCAGGAUUUGUCCCUGGUUGUGUCUACCUGAUCUCCAUGUUCUAUAAGCGCCACGAACUGCAAUGGAGGAUAAACCUCUUCUACACGGCAUCUAUCUUGGCUGGUGCUUUCUCGGGCCUUUUGGCGUACGCAAUCGCCCACAUGUCCGGUGUCGCCGGCUACAGCGGUUGGAGGUGGAUCUUCAUACUGGAAGGAGCUGCAACCGUUCUAAUUGCGGCGUUCGCAUACUUCUAUACUCCAGACUGGCCACAGACUGCAAGGUUUCUCAAUGAUAGGGAAAGAAGCCAACUCCUGGCUCGAGUAGCUGAAGAAAGCCCAGAUGCUACGAUGAACCAUUGGGAUAAGAAGACUGCGCAACGUGUUUUCGGAGAUAUAAAGAUAUGGCUUGGUGCUUUGAUGUAUCUUGGUAUCGUCACCACGACAUACAGCACCUCGUUUUUCAUCCCUACCAUCUUGAGACAGCUAGGAUGGACAUCUCUUCGGGCGCAAGUGAUGUCCAUCCCUAUCUACAUCGCAGCAGCCGUUGUUACAUUAACUGGAGCCAUACUUUCUGAUCGACUGAAGCAUCGCUUUGGCUUCAUUCUGGUUGGUUGCGCCCUAUCCACUAUUGGCUAUGGCAUUCUUCUUGCAUCGCCUCACGUCCAUGUUGGAGUGCAAUACUUUGCUCUUUAUCUCCUUACAUGCGGCUGCUGGCUCGCACAACCUAUCACAGUCGUCUGGCUUAACAACAAUCUCGGAGGGCACUACAAACGUGGUGUUGGUGCUGCCAUACAGCUAUCUAUUGGUAACUGUUCUGGGUUUGUCGCGUCGAACAUUUUCCGUCCACAAGAUCAGCCGAGAUUUCUUCUCGGGUAUGGGGUCGGACUUGGCUUUGUAUGGCUUUGCGUAGCUGCAGCUUGUGUGUUUGACUUUUGGAUCCGAAGGGAGAACGAGCUACGUGACAAGGGGAAGCGAGAUUAUCGCCUCAACGCACCCGACGAGGAACUGAAUAAUCUUGGGGAUGAUCAUCCCAGCUUUAGAUUCACCCGUUGA